ACUCGGCAGUCGGCAGUCGGCAGCCAUGGACAAGAAGACUUUCGAUCCUGAUUUGAUACACGCCAUAUUCAAGCAGAUAUGGACGAAAAGAGCCAAGGAGCGCGAGAGGAACCAAUCCAUUGAUGCAGUGGAUGCCGAGGUGGGAGCUUGCACAUCCAAGAAGGGCCGCUCCACUUCUGCUAAUGCAAAUGCCCUCAAGCUGAGUUCUGAACUUCUCCAAAUUUUUAUCUCAGAGGCUGUGCAACGUGCUGCUACAAUUGCUGAAGCAGAGGGUGGUAGAGAGAUUGAAGCUACUCAUGUGGAGAGGAUUCUUCCUCAGUUACUUCUUGAUUUUUAGCCUACUUAAGCUAGGCUGGAAUCAACAGACUUCAAUCUGGCAGGCAAUCAACCCAAGUAAUAGCAAAUUUCUUGAUGGCAUUGUGGCAGACUUGUGCCUUCAAAUUAUAUCAAACAAUUUCUAGGAUCAUAUUUUGUUAGGAUCUAGACUACAUUUGGCACACAAAACCUUAAGGGGGUCUGGAAUCACUGUUUUUUAGGAUCUGAAACACUUACAGUAGUGGUACACAUUGCAGACAAUUGAUUGGGAAGUUGAAGGUGUUUGCUUUCUUUAAUGUAAGCUCUGUAGGUUAGCAAUUUUGAGAU